AUGAAAUCCGACGUGCAAAUUACAGUCCACGACUUUGCCGCCAGUGCGGACGAUACAGUUCCUUUGAUACCGGCAGCCAGGGUUGAGGAGGGACGCGUCAUAGUAUCUGCCUUGCUUUCUGAUACGAAUUGGGUAACACCCGUACAACGAAUACAGGAAUCCGCUUUCCACAUCGCGCAUCGAGACAGACUGUACGAGUAUUACACGAAGCCACCACGGAUCGCAGGCGAAAUCCACUGGCCCGGCAUUGAGGGUGUACAAGAGUGGGGGGUCUUGCCAUUGCCAGAUAGCGACGAGUGUGUUUCGUUGCAACACCUCGACGAAUUUCAAAGUACGGACUUCCGAGAAGUUGGCACCGGUCGGGCUCGUUCCCGCUUCCGUGAGCGAAUCCGCAGUCCUGUCGAAGAACCGUUUUCUCCGAGGCGCGCGAAACGUACGCUGGAGUCCGAACUACUCGACUUCCAACCCGCGAAGAGACCCAAACUUGUUACGUCUUCUAUUGCAGAAAUUAUACCUCGGCCGCACUUCUUACCCACUCGUGCAACCAAAUUCCCCGAUCUCGACCUGGAGAAAUGUCCGCACUUUUCGAAGGUGCUUCCGUUGCCUGUCUUACCAUACACCGCUUCAACAGUCUCGGAGCUUCUGAGGAGCAAAUAUCGAAGGGGUUCUUGGCUCAUUCCCAUACGGGGACAAGUGCCAUUGGAAGAUGCCAGCGUCGCUGUCAUUGUUCAAUCUCCCGAAGACAUUGCUCUGGUAUCCGAGUACCCCCGCCACAAGAUAAUUUGGACUCAGGAGAUCCUGGUUGACUUCUGGAAUUUUCUCCUACAGCUCCAACAGGCAACGCGGCUAGGACCUAUUUCGUUAUCUCUCCAUGCCACUUCUUCGGACACGAUAGGCAUCGCCUCAGACGCCACUGAAGAAAGUGCUGACAACCCCUAUCACCAGUUCCAUCAGUAUUGUUUCAAGUCGAGAAAUACGAUAGGAUCGAGUUUGCCUUCUCAUAACACUUUCGCGCCAUAUGUAUACAGGGCACAAUUAGAAGCAACGGAUUACAUCAAGGUCUACCAUGACGUUGCAUAUUCGUUAUCUCUGCGCAACGUUCUGGAUGCUUACCGGUAUGGCCAUCUUAGACCAGUUGUUGGAGUUGGAGAUGCCUCGAUGCAGGGCCGUCCCGGUAACUUUCGUGUCCUGAGAGGCGCUCGGUUGACUUUCAUGGACGAACGCUCCAAGGCUGCGUUCGUGAUGUGA